CUGUCAGCACCAGCGCCGGCUUCCCGGGCAGCUCCCAAGGGACCCGGAGCCCUCCUCUGGCGGCUCCCACGGCACGGCCACUGGCAGAGGCACAACGGCUGCAGCGGUUGCUGGCCCCGCAGCGAUGCCCAGGGAGGCUGGAGAAGACACUGCGGUGAAGUCAGACACCUCCUCCCCCAGGGAGCCCAUCGACCUCAAUGGCAACGACCUGGCGGAGAUCAACCUGCACUCGGUGGAGUCCAUCAGUGACCUGUACUGGGUGUCUGGUGGCCACAAGGCUGCGGAGGGGAACAGCCCGUCUCAGUCUACCACCCCACAGACCCCUCAGGCCCACUCCGCCAAGCGCCGUGUGGCUGGAUCAGCCCUCCUGCCGACAUUGCGAGCCGUCCGCACCACCCCCAUCUGCCCCUGCUUCCGCCCUGCCUGCUGCCGCACAGCCCUCUUCGCCCUCCUCGGGGCCCUGGUGCUGGCCAGCCUUGCCCUCGCCACGCUGGCCGUGUACCUGAGUGUGCUGCAGAGUGAGUCGCUGCGGGUCCUGUCCCAGUGGCUGGAGGCCCAGGAAGAGUCUGUGCGGCAGAUGAGGGCCACAAGCCUGCAGCUAUGGAAGCGGUUGAAUAUCAGUGAGGCCAGGGACCAGAUGUGAGUCACCCUGCCCGGCCUGCUGCUUUCUCUGAUGGGGCACUGCCUCCUCCACCCCAGGACAAGGAGACAGCACUCCCUCUCUGCAGGGAACAUGGACUGACCAGAGACCAGGCUCUCUGGGGCCAGGCCGAGCACUCCUGGCCUUGGGGGGCCUGUGCUGGAGUACUGAGGUCUGGUUCAGCAGCAAGCAGCUAGCAAUGGACUAAGGGCAGGGAGUAGUGAGGAGAAUCCCCAUCCUUACCCCCCCCCACCAGCACCCUAUUUAUUAUCCUCUCCAGUCACACCUUAUUUAUAACCCUUCCCCCUCUAACAGGAGCUUCCCCCCCACUAUUUAUCCUUUCUUAAUCUGCUGGGAGAGCAAUACCGUGGUGCACAGACAAUCCAGGAACUUUUUGGAAAGUGUAGGGGACAAUUUCCUGGUGCAAGUGCUGGAGGAA